AUGGAUCCUAAUGCAUCAAGCUUUCUUAUGAACCCCUCAAGCUUUCAGUCAGUUCAUUAUGAAGCCAAAGAGAAUGAGGGUAUCAUUGAUCUUGGUCUUAGCCUCAGAGCUCUUCAACCUGAAACUUAUCAUCAUUCAUCAGCACAUUUGGUGAGCUUGGAGGGCUAUGAUGGUCUGAUAGAUUGGCCCCAGGCUAACAACUUGAAUUUGAAGAAUGUGAAUGUCAUAAGUCCGAGAGCUAUGCCGGAAGCCUGUGAUGAGGAAGCAGAGGGAGUCCAGAGCAAGGAGAGGUGGGCUUAUGUGAAAGUUAACAUGGAUGGGAUUGUUAUUGGCAGAAAAGUUUGUGUGCUUGAUCACAGUGGCUACUCAAGUCUUGCAUUUCAACUAGAAGACAUGUUUGGUAGACAAUCUGUAUCUGGUUUGAGGUUGUUUCAGGUUGGAUCUGACUUUUCGCUUUUCUAUAAGGACAGAGAUGACAAUUGGAGAACAGGAAUUCGUAGAAUGUGUGAAGCGGCUAAGGAUUGCGAGAAAGAACUGAGAUGUUCUUCCCUGUUCUGCGAAAUUGAACUAAUUUUUCUUCUCCUGCUCUUCUGUCUAAAACUCUACUUGUGA